AUGGAAUAUUACUCAUCCCUCGAUGCUUCACAGUUAGAUUCAGAAACACCAACGUUAUUUGAGUUGAUUUCUGCCAACCAGCUUGAGUCUCUUCUAUCGCCAUCUUUGCGUUAUAUAUUGGUACACUACGCUCAAAGAUACCCUGGGUACUUGCUCAAGGUCACAAACAAUUUUGACGAGCUUAACUUGGCCUUGAGAACUUUUAUCGAAUGGUAUUUCUUCAAAUACUGGCAAGGAUCUUUCACAGAAAACUUUUACGGCUUGAAAAGAGUGAGCCAGACUCCUUUGUCUGAUCCGAAGUAUAGUAGCAACAAAUUGGCACAAUUGGCUCCAUCGAUGAUCGAAGAGAGACGAAAACUCUCAAAAUACCAGAUGUGGGUAUCUAUUUUUGAGAUCACUGGUGUGUCCUACAUUUCCGAAAAGUGCAACUAUACCUACGAAGUGCUUUACUCGAAAUACAUCACGGGCCAAUUAAAUGAGAAAGCGGCUAGCACCGAAGCUGAAAGACGUAAAAUUUGGCUAAAAAGAAAAUUUGUCGAAGUUUAUCCCUACGUGCAAAGUAUAUGGCGGGCGGGAAAUCUCAUCACCACUCUACUUUACUUGAGUGGUAAUUCAAAGUCAGCAUCUUUGCUUACAUUCUUGUUCAAGAUCAACUUUUCCCGUCUUAGCCAAUACGACUACCAAAAGAAUGAGCCGCCUUUGCCCAAACUGAAAGAUCAUCUCCCCAACAGAGUGGCACCACCAUCGUUUCUCGAGAACCUCAUCUCCCUCUCACGCAUGGUGACAAGACCUUCUUGGAAGGCAGUAAGAUUUGUCCUUGGAACUUUCUUUCCACUAGCAAUCUUCACUUUGAAGUUUCUUGAAUGGUGGAAUAAUUCAGACUUUGCUCAGAAGGUCGCCAAGUCGCAGGGCAACUCCUUGGAGGGAAGUAUCCCAACUCCCGCUACAUUAGACAAGUUCAAGGCGAUCAAAUCAAAAACUAAGAAGAUCUACAAAUCAGGAAGCACUUGUCCCUUGUGUAAGGAAGAGAUCCUGAAUCCAGCUAUUAUUGAGACAGGUUAUGUAUUUUGCUACACUUGCAUCUACAACUACCUCAUAGAGUCGCACAAGCAUAUCAAGAAGAAGAGGGCUGAGGAGAGUGAUGAAGAAAGCGACAAUGAAGGUGACAGCGAUGAAGAGAGUAAUGAUUUCGAAAAGCCAGAGGGGACCAAAGAAGGUGAGAAAGAAGCUUCCGCAGACAGUAAUCUAGUCGAUCAGACCGACAUCGACAAAGGCGGACGCUGCCCAAUCACCGGAAGGAGAUUGCUUGCUUGCAGGUGGAACAGUCUUACACAAGAGUUCGAGGUAGAUGGUAUAAGGAGGUUAAUAUUUUAG